UGGGAAAAAAGACUAUUUUGCUUCUGCUGGUGGGUAUCCUCGGGGCAUACUAUGUUCACACACCUCUCCCGGACAAUAUUGAGGAGCCAUGGAGACUAAUCUGGAUGAACACACAACUGAAAACUGUAACAAAUUUGUAGGGAGGAGCAGUUUCAGAUCAUCUACAUGGUCCUGACCUCCAUAAUAUCUCUCAAUUGAUGGAACAAGAAGCCAACGUAAGGACGCUGUCAGUUACCAAAGAAAAUCCUCUGGAUUUUGCUGAAGUACACAGUAUGAGGGCUUUGUUUGCUGAACUAUUGGGAAUCAACCACUUCAUGAACACUGUAAUGUUCUGUAUGAGCUUUCAAGAAGUCCCACCCACAUCCGAUGAAAAUGUUACUGUGAUGGAGACAACUUUCAACAAUGUUCCUGUCCGUAUAUAUACACCAAACCGAAAGUCAGAGGCACUAAGAAGAGGCUUAUUUUUUAUUCAUGGUGGUGGUUGGUGUUUGGGGAGUGCUGGUUUGUUUGGUUAUGACAUUCUGUCAAGACGAACUGUUAAUAGACUUGAUGCUGUUGUCAUUUCAACCAACUACAGACUAGCACCUAAAUACCACUUUCCAAAUCAAUUUGAAGAUGUAUAUAAUGCAGUAAGGUGGUUCUUGCGCCAAGAUGUUCUUGACAAAUUUGGUGUAGAUCCUAAAAGAGUUGGUAUUUCUGGAGACAGUGCUGGAGGAAAUUUAGCUGCAGCAGUGACUCAGCAGCUCAUAGGUGACCCAGAUAUCAAGAUCAAAUUCAAGAUCCAGUCUUUAAUUUAUCCUGCCCUUCAGACUCUUGAUAUGGAUUUACCAUCCUAUCGGGAAAACUCACAUUUUCCAGGUCUGUCGAAAUCAUUGAUGGUCAGGUUCUGGAGUGAAUACUUUACCACAAACAGAUCACUUGAAAACGCCAUGCUCUUCAAUCAACAUGUACCAGUGGAAUCAAGCCACCUAUUCCAAUUUGUUAAUUGGAGUUCUUUGCUCCCUGAGAAGUUUAAGAAAGGCCACAUAUAUAGCAGUCCAACUCAUGGUACUUCUGAGCUGGCUGAAAAAUAUCCAGGGUUUCUAGAUGUGCGGGCUGCCCCUUUGUUGGCUGAUGACCGCAAGUUGCGUAGUUUACCCCUGACCUAUGUCAUCACCUGUCAAUAUGAUGUCUUAAGAGAUGAUGGAAUCAUGUAUGUCACCCGACUUCGGAAUGCUGGAGUUAGGGUGAUCCAUAACCACAUUGAGGAUGGAUUCCAUGGAGCACUUUCCUAUCAUGGAUUUAAAAUUGGAUAUAGAAUAGAAAAUCAGUAUAUGAGUUGGCUAAGUGAAAACCUAUAGUAAAAAUCUCAGCAUUGGUUCCUAAAAAUGUAUAAGCUUCAGGAUAGGAAACAAAUUAGUGAGAAUCAAAAAGUUAUAUUUGAAUUGAUGUUCAUCAUCUGUGACCUUUCUAAGGACCUCAUAGCCAUUGUGUUGUUGUUGUUGCUGUUUUUAACUCAGUCGGUUCUUCUCUAGUCCUUAUUUUAAGUGUUGUUUAUGCACUUCUGUGGCUUAGAAAAUAUCUACUUUCCUGUAUAUUUUUUUCUUGCUAUUAAAGUGACUAAGAAGAGACCACUAGCAUUAAUUUUGGUAUCCUAACACAGGAAUAGGUUUGCAUUAAGAAUUGAAUUUUAUAGUAAUAGACAAAUGGCAUUAUACUGAGGCAAAUACUUUGAAAAACUUCGCACAUAAUUCAUAUUAGUAUCCACGAGGCAUUUCAAACUCUACAUUUGUGCCAGUAGAAGUCCUGACAUUUCACAAGCCAGAUGUGUUUGUUUAAAACUUUCUCCUCAACAGUAAUAUUAUUACGCAAUCAAAAAGCUAGGGCUGUAAAUUGGAGCAAUGAAAAAUGGGUAACAGUUUGUUCAUUUUAAAUGUCAUAUUUUUUCUAAAACAUGUAUAGGAAUAAAAUGGAUAUCAAAAAAAAACUAGCUUAAUUUGAGAACACAAAUUUGGAGCACUUACAGGUCAUGAAUUCAAGACAAUAUAAAGCUACUGCAAUCAAAAUAGUAUGGUAUUUCAAUAGGGACAGGCAAAUAGAUAACACAGCAGAGUCCAGAAAUCAACUCUUACGUAUAGAGUCAAUUUUUCAGACAAAGUUGCCAAUGUAAUUCAAUUACAAAAGUAUAACAUAUUUUUAAAUGGUGAUUGAAUAUUUGAGUAUUCAUAUAAAAAUUCUUAGCCCUGACCUUUACUUCACAUCAUAGACAAAAAUUAACUCAAAAUGAAUCAUUGAUCUAUAUAUAAAAACCAAAAUUUUACAUCUUCUAGAAGAAACCAAAAGAGAAAAAAUUUUGUAAGCUUUUGUUAGGCAAAGAUUUCUUAGACAACACACAGGACAGAAAAUGUCAUCAGAUAUAAAAGAAAAAUAGAUAAAUUGGACUUUAUAAAAAUUCAAACCCUUUACCCUUUGAAACACACUAUAUAGAGAAUGAAAAAACAAGGCACCGACUAAGAGAAAAUAUUGGUGAAAUAUAUACGUGAUGAUGGACUUAAGUGCAGAGUCUAUAAACAACCACUACAACUUUAUAACAAGAAAACAAAAUAUGCAAGGAAACAAAUGGACAGAGUAUUUGAGCAGCUACCUCACUGAAGAUAUAUGAAUGGCCAAUACUCACAUGAAAAACAACAUUGUUAAUCAUUAAUAAAUACAGUGGGGCUAGCCCAGUGGCUCAGGUGGUUGGAGUGCUGUGCUCCUAACGCCAAGGUCACUGGUUCGAUUCUCACAUGGGCCAGUGAGCUGCGCCCUCUACCGCUAAGAGUGUGAACACAUAAUACCAGCAAGGGCCAGGGAGCUGUGUCCUACACUACCAGACUGAGAAACAACGGCUUGAACCAGAGUCGGGGGAAAGGCGGAGAAAAGGGGGAAAAAAUACAGUCAAUCCAUAUCUUAUAAUGUUAAACAGAGCCUAUUAUAUGUCCCAGAAAUUCCAUUUCCAAAAAUAUAUGAGAACAUAUACCCUCAUACAUACUUGUGUAUACGUUUAUUAUGGUUAAAAAAACUGGAAACAAUCCAACUAUUCAUCAACUGGUUUUGAUAUCUAAGCAAUGGAAUACUAAUGAAUGAUGUAGAGAAUGACUACUAACAUGUAUGACAACAUGCAACAACAUGGAUAAUUCUCAAAAACAUAAUACUAACAAGCCAAAUGAAAAACAGUACAUAAAAUAUGAUUCCACUGAUAUUUGACAUUCUGAAAAGGCAAAACGUUUGGGACAGGAAGCAGAUCAGUGGUUGCCUCUGGUUGUACGUUUAGAGAGGGAAUUAACUCCAGUGGUUGUUACAAUAGUGUAUACAUUUGUCAAACUUGAACUCUACAUUUUAAAUUGAUGAAUUAUUUUGUAUGUGAAUUUGACCUCAAUAAAGCUACUGAAAAAAUAAUAACAGGAAACUGGGAGAGGGUAAAAAGAUAGGAUUCAACACUUUUGAGUAUAUUUGAGGCAAAGGAUUGGGUGAAUUCAAAUACUAAGUGAUAAACUUCAGGCUCACAAUUCCAACAUAGUCAAAAUAAUAAAAUAUUUUAAUCAUAUGGGAACUUUAUCUUGCUGAAGAGUACAAGUAGACUUUACAUUAUUGGGAAUGCAAAACAUCUAUUCUUAAAAACAAUAAUAUCCACUAAUUUAAUAGGUAAAUCUUAUGAAAGUAAUUUAAUCUGCACACUCUUCCAAGUAUAUAAUUGACAUAUUUUAUAUUUUGAUAUACCAUUAUUAAACUAAUCUAUUUUAAACGACAAAUCAUUAAAUGCCACAGAAGCUUUGGAUUAUCAUUCAUAGUAAAUAAGGAAUAAAAACUCAGGAACUGUGUGUGUUCCAACAUAGUAGCUGCUAACCAAAAGUGAUAAUUGAGCACUUGAAAUGUGGCUAUUGUGACUGAGAAACUGAAUUUUUAAAUUUUUAUUUAAUUUUAAUGAAUUUAAAUUUAAUUUUGAAAAUUAUGUAAAAUACUUUUGUGGCAAGCACAACUUUAUUUUUUUUUUAGAUAGGACUACAUUUUACUUGAACUGUUGUAUCAAUAAGCUGUCAUUAUAUUAUAGUAUCAGGUGUGUGGAUCAUUUGCAGUAUUAAGCAAAAACAAUCUAGGCAGUGUUAACAAAUGGAUUUAGUACAAAUGAAUUUUUGCUAAAAACUGACGUAGUAUUGUAAUGGGUUUGUUUGAAUAUUUCAUGAAGAAAACAGGAGUUAGAGUAAUAUUAAUAGGGACGUAACUGUAAAUGUACGAGUGCAUGGAUCAGAGUUCAGCCCGUUUUAAUGCUCUCUUCAGUGAGGCAUAGUAAACAUGUAGUAAACCCACUGUACUUAUGUUUUCUAAGCCACAAAACUAGUCAUACCAAGGAAAUUACAAAGAAAAGUGAUGACAUCAGCUGUUUUUUUUAGCCUUGUGAAGGCAUUCAAAGUCUUUGCACUCAGCGGUGGCCAAAUGAUAUCAGUUGAAAAUCCUGACUGUAGGAGAGAAGUUUCCCAAGAUUGUUUGUGCUCCCUGACCUAUGACCAUGUGGGCCAGUCCAUGAAGGAAGUAGCUAAUUUGUCCCUUUCCUAGUCCACAAUUUUCUCCUG